AAGAAAAAGAAACUCGGUUCACAACAGUGUGUUCCUUCAGUAACGUGCUGGAUAAUGACACAAGCAGAGAGGGAGCAGGAAAAUGAAAAAGAGAAAGAGAAAGAGCGAGAAAAAGACAAAGAAAAAGAACAACGAGGAGUCAAAAGACCGAUUGUUCCUCCGGUUAUCCCAGAGCCUUUACAAGAGCAAAUUCAGACCAACUUCGUGGUGGUGAUCAGCCCCGGAUCACAGACACUCCGUAUAGGCCGGGCUACUGACACGUUGCCCCUUACUCUUCCACAUGUCAUUGCCCGUAGACGUAAACAGGCUGGUCAGCCACGCUAUGAGGAUGCCUGGCUAAUACGAGAAGGCUUGAAUAGACCAGAGAGUGGGGAACAGCGGCAAAAUGGUCUCAAGAUGGUUGACCAGGCCAUCUGGUCUAAAAAGAUGUCCAGUGGGGCCAGAAGAACUCCAGUGUCUGCUGAACAAGCUAGAGUGUACAACAGGCAAAUCCGUCCAGCUGUUUUGGAUCCUAACUCGAGGCAGAAGUGGACUAAUACCACUUCCCAGCCAGAAUACCUAGUGGGAGACGAGGCAUUAUAUGUGAAUCCUACAGACUGUUACAACUUGCACUGGCCUAUUUGUCGUGGCCAGCUGAAUGUCCACAGUGGACCUGGAGGCUCUCUGACUGCUGUGCUAGCAGACCUGGAAACCAUCUGGUCUAAUGCCAUUCAGAAACUUUUAGAAGUUCCUCUCAAAGACUUGAAGUAUUACAGAUGCAUCCUCCUAAUUCCAGACAUCUAUAAUAGACAGCAUGUGAAAGAAGUGGUCAAUAUGCUCCUGGUGAAGAUGGGCUUCUCGGCAAUCGUCGUACACCAGGAGUCUGUGUGUGCCGCGUUUGGCAGUGGAAUGAGCAGUGCAUGUGUGAUAGAUGUGGGUGAUCAGAAGACCAGCGUGUGUUGUGUGGAGGAUGGCGUGUCCCACCGAAAUUCCAGGCUUUGUCUUGCGUAUGGAGGCUCUGAUGUGACACGAUGUUUCUUUUGGCUGAUGCAACGAGCAGGCUUUCCUUACCGCGAGUGCCAGCUAAGCAACCGACUGGACUGCAUGUUGCUGCAGCAACUUAAGGAGUCUUUUUGCCACCUUGACCAGGACAUAUGUGGGUUGCAAGACCAUGAGUUUCGCACUCGCUUCCCAGAAUCCCCAGUGAUCCUCUAUCAGUUGCGGCUCGGUGACGAGAAGCUACAAGCUCCCAUGGCUCUCUUCUACCCUGCUGCAUUUGGUAUUGUGGGACAGAAGAUGACCACUUUGCAGCAUCGUUCCCCGGGAGAUCCCGAGGAUCCACAUGACGAACAUUACCUACUAAGUACUCAGAGCAAACAAGACCAAUCUUCUAAAUCCAUGGAAAGGAAAGGUCUCUCUAAGCCUUCAGGUUUUGAGGGUGAAUCCAGCAGCCAAGCUGGGGACCAGGCAGAGAGAGGAAACCAAGACAUGGAGCUCGGCCACUCACAGGGAGAGGCUCUGCCAGGCGGAACUGACCCAGAAGACACACCUUCUGUCCUUCUGUCCAGGAAGUCAGCAAUGACCCAGUUUGAAGGCAAAGCUCUUGGACUGGAUAAAGCUAUUCUGCACAGCAUCGACUGCUGUGCAUCAGAUGAGACCAAGAGGAAGAUGUACAGCUCGGUGCUGGUGGUGGGCGGCGGACUUCUGUUUCAUGGCGCACAAGAAUUCCUUCAACAUCGCAUUCUCAACAAAAUGCCUCCAUCUUUCCGGCGUAUGGUUGAGAACGUAGAGGUCAUCACGCGCCCAAAGGACAUGGACCCUCGGCUCACAGCUUGGAAGGGUGGGGCAGUGUUGGCGUGUCUGGACACCACCCAGGAGCUGUGGAUCCACCAGGGAGAAUGGCAGAGAUUCGGCGCACGCAUGCUCCGUGAAAGAGCAGCCUUUGUUUGGUGAAGUGUGUGUGUGUGUGUGUGUGUGAGAGAGAGAGAGAGAGAGAGAGAGAGAGAGAGAGAGAAAGUGUGUGUGUGUGUGUGUGUGUGUGUGAGAGAGAGAGAGAGAGAGAGAGAAAGUGUGUGUGUGAGAGAGAGAGAGAAAGUGUGUGUGUGAGAGAGAGAGAGAAAGUGUGUGUGUGAGAGAGAGAGAGAAAGUGUGUGUGUGUGAGAGAGAGAGAGAAGGUGUGUGUGUGUGUGGGAGAGAGAGAAAGUGUGUGUGUGAGAGAGAGAGAGAGAGAGAGUGUGUGUGUGUGUGAGAGAGAGAGAGAGAAAGUGUGUGUGUGAGAGAGAGAGAGAGAGAGAGAGAGAGAGAGAAAGUGUGUGUGUGAGAGAGAGAGAGAGAGAAAGUGUGUGUGUGUGUGAGAUAGAGAAAGUGUGUCUGUGAGAGAGAGAGAGAAAGUGUGUGUGUGUGUGUGAGAGAGAGAGAGAAAGUGUGUGUGUGUGAGAGAGAGAGAGAGAGAGAGAGAGAGAGAAAGUGUGUGUGUGUGAGAGAGAGAGAAAGUGUGUGUGUGUGAGAGAGAGAGAGAAAGUGUGUGUGUGUGAGAGAGAGAGAAAGUGUGUGUGAGUGAGAGAGAGUGAAUGUGUGUGUGUAUGAGAGAGAGAGAAAGUGUGUGUGUGUGAGAGAGAGAGAAAGUGUGUGUGUGUGAGAGAGAGAGAAAGUGUGUGUGUGAGAGAGAGAGAGAAAGUGUGUGUGUCUGUGAGAGAGAGAGAGAAAGUGUGUGUGUCUGUGAGAGAGAGAGAGAAAGUGUGUGUGUCUGUGAGAGAGAGAGAAAGUGUGUGUGUCUGUGAGAGAGAGAGAAAGUGUGUGUGUGUGAGAGAGAGAGAAAGUGUGUGUGUAUGAGAGAGAGAGAAAGUGUGUGUGUGUGAGAGAGAGAGAAAGUGUGUGUGUGUGAGAGAGAGAGAAAGUGUGUGUGUGUGAGAGAGAGAGAAAGUGUGUGUGUCUGUGAGAGAGAGAGAGAAAGUGUGUGUGUCUGUGAGAGAGAGAGAGAAAGUGUGUGUGUCUGUGAGAGAGAGAGAGAAAGUGUGUGUGUCUGUGAGAGAGAGAGAAAGUGUGUGUGUGUGAGAGAGAGAGAGAAAGUGUGUGUGUCUGUGAGAGAGAGAGAGAAAGUGUGUGUGUC